AUGAUCGGGGGGAUUUUCACAGUUUUCAACAAAGAGAUCAGCAGCACCUACACGUUUGAAAAGGAGCCACCUGCAGUGAAGUGUGCUGGAUUUGACCUGCGAGCUUGCAGAUGGACCCAAGUUAUGAUAUUUGCAAUUGAAGAAAUUAACAAAGAACCUGCUCUCCUGCCAAACAUCACUCUUGGCUACAGAAUCCUUAACUCUUGUGCAUCUCCCACGAACACUUUACGUGCCGCACUAACACUGGCCAGCGGAGCAGAGGAGAUGGACUCAACCUCUGCUUGUCCUCCGGCUGUAUCUGCUCUCAUAGCAGAGCCGGGAUCGUCUCAGUCCUUAGCUGUGGCUGGAACUCUCGGACCAUUUCAAGUGCCAAUAGUGAGUUACUUCUCGACAUGUGCCUGCCUGAGUGAUAGAGCUAAAUACCCUGGGUUUUUCCGGACGAUCCCCAGCGACUACUUCCAGGCCAAAGCCUUGGCAGCUCUGGUCAAACGUUUUGGCUGGCAGUGGAUUGGCAUCAUACAGUCAGACAAUGACUAUGGCCGUAAUGGGAUCCUGGCUUUCACUGAGGAGGUUAGGAAGCUCGGGGUUUGUGUUGCAUUUGACUGGACAAUUCUAUAUACAAAUGUAAAAUUUAUUGCUAUUGUGGAGGCUCUGAGAAAAUCCACGUCCAAGGUGGUCCUCUUGUUUAUGCCCUUAGCCCCCACCAAAUCGUUCUUGUCAGAAAUAAAGAAGUAUAAUAUUACUGGAAAGCAAUGGGUUGGCAGUGAGGCUUGGAUCACUCAAACGGACCUGGCUUCUGAUGGGAGAAAGAGCCUUUUGCAGGGGGCGAUGGGCUUCGCCCUCCCUCAGGCCUCCAUACCAGGUCUUGGUGAAUUCUUACUCAGCUUUAAGCCCUCUGACGAACCACAGAGUGCUAUAGUUAAAGAUAUUUGGGAGUCGUUCUUUGACUGCAGCUUCUCUCCGUCAAAUACUUCUGCUACGUGUACUGGCACAGAAGAUCUCAGCACAGUCUCCAGUGACUACACAGACGUGACACAUUUUAGGGCAGAGAAUAAUGUUUACAAAGCUGUCUACUUGGUGGCAUAUGCUAUUCACGCACUACUGCAAUGUCACAAUGGCUCAAAUCCAACCACUGGAAAGUCCUGCGUGACUAAAGACCAAGUUCAGCCUAAAUUAGUGUUGGAGCAAAUUAAGUACGUGAACUUCACAACACAGAGUGGGGCCAAGGUUUUCUUUGAUGAAAAUGGAGACUCAGUUGCCCAGUACGACUUAGUUAACUGGCAAAUAAAAGACAACGGAUCUGUUGAGAUCGUGAACAUCGGUCAAUUUGACACGUCUCUUCCAGAGGGGGAGAAAUUCAAACUAAAAGACAAUACCAAGAUAGUUUGGGGAGGAAACAGUAUGCAGUUGCCGAGGUCUGUUUGCAGAGAGCCGUGUCCCCCAGGGACUCGGAAGGCGUUAACCAAGCAUAAACCUGUGUGCUGCUUCGACUGCUUUGAGUGCCCCGAGGGAACGAUUAGUAAUGAGACAAAUUCUCCUGACUGUUUGAUCUGUCCACCUGAACUUUGGCCGAAUGAAAACAAAGACCAGUGUCUCCCGAAGCCGACUGAGUACCUCUCCUACAAAGAGAUCAUGGGGGCACUUUUAACUGGAUUUGGUUGUGUAGGCAUAUUUUUAUCUCUACUGACGUCAAUCAUUUUUCUGACUCAUAAAGAGACUCCCAUUGUUAAAGCCAACAACUCCGAGCUGAGCUUCCUGCUGCUCUUCUCCCUGACUCUGUGCUUCCUGUGCUCCCUCACCUUCAUCGGCCGGCCCUCUGAGUGGUCCUGCAUGCUGCGACACACUGCGUUUGGCAUCACCUUCGUCCUCUGCAUCUCUUGUGUCCUCGGGAAAACUAUAGUGGUGUUAAUGGCCUUCAGGGCGACACUUCCAGGCAGAAAUAUGAUGAAAUGGUUCGGUCCUGCACAGCAGAGGCUCAGUGUUCUAAGUUUCACCCUGGUUCAGGUUGUAAUUUGUGUACUUUGGCUCACAACCAACCCUCCAUUCCCUAGGAUGAACAUGAAAUACUAUAAAGAUAAGAUCAUCUUAGAGUGCGCUCUGGGGUCAGCUGUCGGGUUCUGGGCUGUGCUGGGUUACAUCGGACUUCUUGCUCUCUUGUGUUUCAUUCUUGCUUUUUUUGCCAGGAAGCUGCCAGACAGCUUUAAUGAGGCCAAACUGAUCACCUUCAGCAUGUUGAUAUUUUGUGCAGUCUGGAUCACAUUCAUCCCGGCAUAUGUCAGCUCUCCUGGGAAGUUCACUGUGGCUGUGGAGAUAUUUGCUAUUCUGGCCUCCAGCUUUGGCUUGCUGAUAUGCAUUUUUGUUCCAAAAUGCUACAUUAUCCUAUUCAGGCCAGAACAAAACUCAAAGAGACAUUUGAUGGGAAAAAUACCACCAAUGACACUUUGA